AUGGACUCGUCCGACAAUUCCAACGAUUGCCAGGGCGACAAGGACCACACAUCCGUUUCCGAGCCCAUUUCACAGAUGCUGACCCCAGAGCCCGCGCCGUUGGACGUCCCGCAGCCGUCCACCCCUCCCACACAGGGCCCGGUACCGUGCUCUGCCAGCUCUGCGGGCUCGUCGGAAAUCACCACACUGUCACUGUCGUCACCGCCGCUGACGCCUCCGCCACGAGUGAUGCGCCGUCUGACGCCGCUGGGCAAGUUCAGUCCGCGCAAGCGAGCGAACUCCAUAGACGACGAUCUCGAGACUCACGCCAGCCGCAGACUCCUGCUGCUGGACCAACGCACCGCACGCAGCGCAGCACACACAGACUCCGUCUGCAAGAAGCUGAGCAGUUUACAACAGCAGAAACUGAGAAAAAGAGAGCUACUUCUGGAGAAGCUGAGCAAAGCCGUCAAAAAUAGACAGGACUACGUGAACCGCAAGCGGCUCAUAGCAUCGAGCACGGUGCGCCACAUCUGCUCGUCGGGCAGCAGUGACGACGCCCGGAGCCUGGAAAUGUGCGUAUCGCACGAGCAGGGCGCGUGUGCCUACAGCUUUGCGGACUCGUUCAAAAUUGUGGCUGGGCUCUCGGUCUGGGAAAAUCUACGACGGGUGCCGAUUUUUGUGAAUUUCGAGGACGCGGUCGGCAAGACAGACAUCGAGAACACCUACAGGUUCAUCAACAGCCGCGAGAUCAUCCGACUGACGUCGUCGUUGUUUGCAGAAAUCGACGUUUCGAACGGACUAAUGGACGCCUUUCUUUUGGCACGGUGUUUCCUGUUUGGCUUUGCUAUUCUGGUCGAAAAGGACAAACACGAGCGCUACAACCGUGUACCGAUGUACGCGGUCCGGCUGAACGCAACACAGCCGUUUUUCGACCGUCUGGCCAAGGACUUCCCGAACCUGAAGCAGCACCAUCUGGACGACAGCUACUACGGGUUUCUUGUGGCGGAGCUGCACACAGCCACAUUCCAUGUAUGGAAGCUGUUCCAGCGGCUGGUGCAACUGAACGGGUCCGAGUUCGAGAAGUAUGCGUUCAAAGACGCGCUAAUGGCCACCUACUACCCGGUCUUCCAGGUGUUCAAGUUCAACCACUGGUUCCGCAGUCUGGCACUACUGUCGGAGAGCAACGACGGACUGAGCAAGCACCUCGGCUUUUUGCGCACGAUGCGCUCGCUCACGGCCGACAACGACGUAUUGCUCAAUGAGUACAAGUACAUGAUCCGCAAGGGCGAGUCGUUCAUCAAGGCCAACAAGGAGCGGUUUUCGCGGCUCAAGGGCGACAGUCGCGCCGCCGACCUGGCCGCGAUCGACGCGAUGGAGCAGGAAUUUGUUGCCCGGCACAAGGCAGCCGUGCUGUCUGGCUCGUCGCUCACAGACGACAACCCGCUGAUCUCUGUGUCUUCCAGAAGCCGGUCGACGCUGCGCAGCGCGGCGCAGCGGCCUGUUUCGCUGGUUCCGCCUACGUUUACCGUCGACAACUGGCGCAAGUACCUGUUCAAAGUGCUGCUCGAGUACCGGUCGCGGGGCGCGCAACUGCGAAUGCGGACGGGCAAGUCGCCACGGCUCGCUGCCCAGCUGCCCGCUGCUGAGUGCGACAUGCUGGCCGAGUACGUCGACCAGCUCCAGCCGGACAUCGAGGCGAUCCGCGAGUGGCUGGGGCUCAAGACGUACAACGAGGGCUGCAUCGAGGCGAUCGAGCGGCUGUCGUACCUGGACUCUGUCGAGGCAAUGAUGGUGGACGUGGCACAGAUGGUAGAACGGUGUCUGUACGCGAUGUUCGUCGUGGUGGAGGACUCGAAACGGACAGUGAACCUGGUUUACGCGCAGUCUGCUAAUCAUCGCAGAGAAAAUUCGACGGCCAUUUCUUUCCUGUCCGACUCGGUGCUUGUGCUCAGUAAGCUCCGCAAUGGGAAGCUGCGGCUGGCGGAAUAUUUUGAAAUGAGUCUGGGCGUGCUGCUUUGGGAGACGCCGGAAUUUUUGCGCUGCGAGGCCGAGUCGUUGCUGGCGCAGACGGCCCAGAUCGACAAGGCGUUCAUCCAGCGGUUUGUGGAGUUCAUCAAGGACUGUAUGGUGUUUGGGAUGAACAGCUGCGUGAAGAGCUGUCUGCGGUUCAUUGGCAGCAACAUUGUGGAGUUUGAGCGCGACGUGUUCGAGUGCAACUACCCCUCGUCCAAAGUGUCGCUCAACUUGCGCUACCCUAAUUUGUACAAGCAAAUGCAGCUGCACAAGGAGCAAGAGCCGGCGGGCGGCGAGCCGACACAGGAGACGGCGACACUCGCGUUCUACAACCGGCUGUUUGCGGCGUUUGUGUGCAGCAGCAGCACGGGCAAGCUCUACGAGAUGCCCGAGUUUCUGGAGAGCUUUUCGAUCCAGCUGAUGGAGCUGAACAACCAGGUGCGCACUCUGGUGACGCUCCAGUCGGUGACGGUGAUUGUGAUGAGCUCUUUGGCCAGUCGCGCGGCACUGCUGCCGGCGAAACUGCAGAACAGCUAUUUUGCCGAUAAGCCCCGGCAGCAGCUUGUGGAUUUUGGCAAGCUGCUGGUGGAGCUGGAUGGGUUUCUGCUGAACUACUUUGAGCACACCGAGUCGAACCGGUUCGGCAACUUCUUCAAAGAGGAGGUGUACAAAAUCCUGUGCACAAACGUGUCUGAGCGACUGCGCGGCCGAGGCUACGAUGAAGAGGCCAUUCGGGCUGUUGUGGACAUGAACCUCGACUUCAAACACGUCUGUGGGCUCAUAGCACAGACAGAGAGGGCCAGCAUUGGCAGCACCAAAGUGAGCUCACUGAAAACGAUAUACUGCAACGCCAUCUAUGACAUCAUAGUCCGGCACGGCCGUGUUUUUUCUGCAAAUACGUCAACGAGCGAGCCGAUGCGGCGCAUUUCAGCCGAGGUGGAAAAUAUAUUUCAGCCCGAAAUGCAUAGGGCAUACAGCAAAUUCUACGCGGCCGACCUUGUGCGCGACAAAAUCGACAAAAUCGUGCGUGACUACUACGCCAUCUUCAACGUGUGUGUCGAGGUGCACUUCCAAAACAUGUACCUUGUGUUGCGCGAGUUUGAGGAGAUCUGCGCCUUUGAGCGCAGACUCUGA